CAACUUCCGGCAACUCCGAAAAGCUGCUUUCAAAGGGAUUGGGAGGAAAUAAAGGCUUUCACAAUGGGAAAGAAAGUGAAGAAGGAUGAAAAGCCUCCUCCCGAUGAUGUGUUUGACACUCUGUUGGUGGAGAGCAGACAGGCGGCUACGGUGGUCCUCAUGCUGACCAGUCCAGAGGAGGACGUACAGUCUAAAGCCUGCGAGGCCAUCUACAAGUUUGUGGAGAAAUGUGACGAGAACAAGAAGCUGUUGCUGGAUUUGGAGGCUGUGGACCCCCUCCUGAAUCUGAUUGCGGGAGAAGACCGGACCGUACGUCGACAUGCCAUCAUGGCCCUCGGAGUUCUCUGUGCUCACCCGGACGUACGCAAAGCCCUGAGGAAGAGACCCGAAGCCAUUUCUUCCAUUGUUGCACUUCUCAGUCCAGAAGAGGAUUCGGUGAUCCAUGAGUUUGCCGCCCUUGCUCUGUCCCUCAUGGCCACGGAGUUCACCAGCAAAGUGGCCAUCCACGAGGCCAGCGGUGUGGAGCCCCUUAUCCGUCUGCUGGGAUCCUCCGACCCAGACGUACAGAAAAACUCCAUUGAGGCUAUUGCACAGUUGGUCAUGGACUACCAAGCGCGGGGCAUGGUGCGGGAGUUUGAGGGCCUGCAGCCAAUCCUGGACCUGAUGAAGUCGGAAUACGCCAUCGUUCAGAGGCUGGCCCUGCUCACCCUGGACCGACUCACACAGGACGCUGAGAACCGUCGCGUGCUGCGAGAACUGGAGGCCAUCACCAAACUUCUGGAUGUCCUGGCCCAGCCCACCCUGUCUGACCUUCACGUGAUGGUCGUCAUGGUGUUGUCGAACCUUUUGGAGGACACAGAGAGCCUGGAGCUGGUGAAGGACAGCGGAGGUCUCAAACGUCUUGUGGCUCUGAUCACCGACCAACCCCCGCCCGAGGAAGACACGAAGAAGGGAGACAAGAAGGGAGGCUCACGGGCAGGGAAGAAGAGCGCCAAGGACUCUAAAGGUAAGAAGGAGGAUGAGGCCAAAGAGGAUGCUCCUGUGGGUGGCGACUCCAUCAUCCCCACCCUACCAGACGUCAAGAUGUGUGCGGCUAAAGCCAUCGCAAGAUCUGCCCGCAACAGUGAGAAUCGCAAGCUGCUCCAUGAGCAGGAGGCGGAGAAGAUGCUGAUCCAGCUGUUGACCUUUGACUCGGCCGACGUGCAGGCCUCAGCGGCUCUGGCCCUGGCUGUCAUCUCUGAGUACGUCAGUGCACGCGACGCAGUCAAGGAGUGGGAUGGUCUACCUCCCCUGGUGAAACUCCUCAACUCUGACAACGGUGACGUGAAAGAAGCAGCGACCCUCGCACUGGCCAACUUGACCACUGCAAACUCUGUCAACUGCAUUGAGAUCAGCAACCUGGGAGGUAUCGAGGCCCUCAUCGCAUGCCUGGGAGAGGUGAGGGAGGAAGUGGUGGCCAACGCAGCGUGUGCGCUGACCAACCUGGCACAGGACGAGGGUCUGAGGUCAGACGCACAGGUCAAAGGGGUCGUCCCAUCCCUCAUUGACCCACUGAGGUCGAACAACACAAACGUUCAGAGCAAAGUGGCACUGGCUGUGUCGGCCUUCACCUGUGAUGCAGACUCCAGACAAGAGUUCCGAGAAUCUGGAGGACUGGAGCCGUUAGUCUUGUUGUUGCACUCUGGGAAUGAUGAGGUCAGGAGGAACGCAGCGUGGGCGAUCACCGUGUGCGGAGUGGAUGAACCCACAGCCACAGAAAUCUGCAAACUGGGAGGUCUGCAAAUUCUCCAGGAGAUUCAGAUGUCAGCGUCACGCCACAGCCCGUUCAUCGAGGCGGCUCUACAGAGACUUCUGGACUGUAACCUGUCGGCUAAGUUUGCUCUGUACAACUACCUCGGACCCAGCAAUAUCAUCGAGGACGGGUUCUUCGACUGCGGCCAGCUCAGACAGGGCACGCCCUUCAAGACACUGGAGGACUACUGCCGGCAGGAGAUGGAUGACAAGAGACCGGUCAUACUUCUCAACGCCAAGGCUGGGGGAGAAACCGAGGGAGGGGAUUCUGGGAAGGCUGAGGAAGCAGACGUGAAGGCAGACACCUCCAAGACCAAAGAGACGACCUCAAAAGCCAACAAAUCCACGAAGGAAUCCAAAGGCAAAAGUGGCCGCAUGUCCCGGACUGGCUCGAGAGAGUCACCAGAGGCCAAUGCUAAGAAAGGCAAGAAAGGUCAGAAGGAUAAGGAAAAAGAGCUAGAGCGGCAACGGUUGGAGGAAGAGAAAAGUAAAGCCCAGAGAGAGAAAGAGGAGAAGGCGAGGGAGGAGGAGCUAGCCGCCCAGAGGGAGAAAGAGGCGGAGCUUCAGUCUGCGGAGAAAGCUCCCUUCACCCCGCCCCCCGACCCCCAGCUGGUCAAGUACAUCGAGGAGGUCUCGGAGAAGAUCCUGCCUCUUCCUACGUCCAAGGCACAAGUUGUGGCUCUCGCAGAAUUUGUGUCAGAGAAACUCGGCGGCUCCAUAGAGCGUGGUCAAGUGGCCAACUUUAGCUGGGAGCUGCCCCUCAGCCAAGUGAGGUUUGAACUCAAAUCUAACGUGAUACCCAUGGGUAGGAUGAAGGCUGGCAUCCACAUUCACAGAGCAUUGCUAUUCAAGGCUCUAGCUGACCGUAUCGCCCUCAACUGCUCCCUGACCCGCGGAGAAUACAACCGUGCCUGGAACGAGGUGCUGUUGCCUGAUGAUGAUGAGGAUGAACCCACAGCCCCCAAGUUCCCCCCCAAGAAGUACAUCGUCGACCUGGUUCACGAGCCGGGUGCACUGCUCACCCCAGACACACAGGCGGCCGUCAGCUACAUGAAGUUGUGAGAGGACGACCCCACUGUUGAACGUUAGACGACAUCUUUGUCUCCGAAUGACCACCAGGGAGAGUGCUUCCCCCCUCCCCUUCCCCGAGACAUUCCCUAGCCAACGGUCAAAUUUUGAGUAAAGAGAAGGACAUCAACACAGAAAUGAUCAUUUGGUAUUGGGAAAAAAGAAAGACAGUGAAACAGUAUAGGGAAAAAGAAGAAAUAGGACAUACCAGCGGCAUCCACUCCAGUGAUGUUCUCAAAUAUUAUAACAGUUUUGCUCACAUUCGUCAAUACGAUGUUUUGCAGUUAUGUUUCGGAAAACUAAUGUGAUUAAAAAAAAAUAUGUCGGAUUGACAGAGAUCUUGUUUGUCCUCCCCUUAUCUCUGCCACUGUUUUGCUCUGAAAUAUUGUGCGAGCUUUGAUCUAUUCAAGACAUGAAGAAUAUCAGAGAAAGAUUUCACAAAAAAAAUAAAAUAGUCAAUUGUUUGAAAAAACCCCCAAAGGUUUUUAAUCUGUACUCCUUGCUAUAAAGGCCGAUAUAAUGCUCCUAUCAAAACUGCUAGUUGUGAGGUUCUUAAAUCUACUUCAGAUUAUACCCAGAAAAGAUAAGGAAAUAUUUCUGUGAUUUGUAUAAUGGUACAGCAGCAUAAUGAGACGGUAGGACAGCCUGAAGGCAGAGAAGCUAUAGAAUAUUAUAAAAUGUAAUACUAGAGACGCCUCACGCUACUCAUGCUUUCUAAUAUAAUACUUCCUUUGGGUACACUUUUGUCUCACAUCUGAAGGCUAUGCCAUCUAUCACAUAUCACUUCAACUAUCUCUACGAUGAACUUGGUUUUUGUUUGUGGACGUCUCAGUAGCAGUUAUGUAAAAGUGAUAGAUUUUGUUCCCCCUUCCCUUCCUACUGAAGGCCCUCCGAACUUUCUAUAAGUUCUUUUGGCUGCCUCAGUCAUGCCCUCCCUCUCCUCUCCCUCCCCUCCCUACCCUGUCAGCCAUUACAGUUGUGUAACCAAAGUGACUUUUGUUGAUAGAUGACAUGCUUUAUUUUUUGUUAUAUAUGUGAACUAUGGCACAUCCUUUUAAUUUUACUCUCAGAUUUAUCCUGUAUUAUAAUUUUUUUAUUUUACCAAAGUGAUUUUUCUUGAUCCUAUCCACCAUUUGUUUCUCAAAGUGAUAACAAUACAACUCAUCAUUCCUUAAGAGUAUUGAUGACAUGCAAAAAGUCCUGAAGAUCGUGUAGUUCUGUUAAUUUGAAAGGAGCUCAGACUUUGUCCUUUAUUGUUUUACUUUGAGAUGAACUCUCUGGCAAGAUCAUAAUACCCGAAAUUGCUUUAUUUGUGGCCCGUUCACUUUACACACUUUAAAAAAGUCACAAGAAAUCAUGUCAUAGGUUUCUGCCUUUUGUGAACUGUGAUAAUACUGUCAAGAUUUAAACAGGCUUUUUCUAAAUGUUCAAUGACUUUGUGUGAGCUCACAGACUUUACAAACUUGAACUCACUGCAUGUAAAUGUUAGAUUCAGUUUGGUUCUCCUGGGUACUAGUUGAUGAUCCUGAAGGCCCCUGGAACAUUGUCUGUUUUGUGUUCUCAAGACGACUGUGAUUAAACAAACAUACUUUUAUCUAA